UUAUUAUUAGAAAGAAAAAAGUGGCCUGGCCCGAACAAUGCUUGCGUUGCGUGGCGUUUCGUGGUGCCGUUGGUCAGAAUAAAAAGAGAGGCAGCAAAUGGCACAGCGACUGUCACUGCCCUAACCGAUCAUCGCCAGCCCUAGCCAUGCAGGUUGCUUUCUUCGGCAACGCCGCCGCCGCCUCCGCCUCUUCUCGCAUCGUCCCCGCGGCCGCCGCCUUUUCAGCCAGAAUCUCUUUCUCUUUCUUCUCUUCGUCUUCUUCCACUUCUCUCUCCUCUUUCAAAUGCCUCAGAUCGUCUCCUCUCGUCUCUCGUCUAUUUCUCAACCAGAGACGAUCACCAACACCUUGCUUAUCGGAGAGAGGUCUGAGCGCCGCGGCUACUCCGAAAUGCGUGGCUUCUGAUCCUGACCAGUUGAAGAGUGCCAGAGAGGAUAUCAAGGAGCUCCUCAAGACCACGUUCUGCCAUCCUAUUCUAGUUCGCUUGGGUUGGCAUGAUGCUGGUACUUACAGCAAAAACAUUCAGGAAUGGCCACAAAGAGGUGGAGCUAAUGGGAGUUUGAGAUUCGAGAUUGAGCUCAAACAUGGAGCUAAUGCUGGUCUUGUGAAUGCAUUGAAACUUCUUCAGCCUAUCAAAGACAAGUAUUCUGGUGUGACAUAUGCAGACUUGUUUCAGUUGGCCAGUGCUACCGCAGUGGAGGAAUCUGGGGGCCCCAAAAUCCCCAUGAAGUAUGGAAGAGUGGAUGUUACAGGACCUACAGAUUGCCCAGAAGAAGGGAGGCUUCCUGCUGCUGGUCCCCCUUCACCUGCUGAUCAUCUACGUGAUGUUUUCUACAGAAUGGGCUUAAGUGACAAGGAAAUAGUUGCAUUAUCUGGUGCACACACACUGGGAAGGUCCAGACCAGAACGCAGUGGUUGGGGUAAGCCAGAGACAAAGUACACGAAAUCUGGGCCUGGAGCACCAGGGGGACAGUCCUGGACGGUGCAAUGGUUGAAGUUUGAUAAUUCCUACUUCAAGGAUAUCAAAGAAAGAAGGGAUGAAGAUUUACUGGUGUUGCCAACUGAUGCUGUUCUUUUUGAAGAUCCAUCAUUCAAGGUAUAUGCUGAGAAAUAUGCUGAAGAUCAGGAAACAUUCUUCAAGGAUUAUGCUGAAGCCCAUGCCAAACUCAGCAACCUUGGAGCCAAAUUUGAUCCUCCAGAGGGUAUUGUGAUAAACCAUGGUCGUUAGGAAUCUGCACCAGAGAAGUUUGAAGCAGCAAAGUACUCUUCUGGGAAGGAUUAAGAACAAGUAUCAUGUUUUCGUAUGCCGUAUCUUUUAAUAGCACAAGAUGAAGCCAUUUUCAAAUCCUAUCAACUCAAAUAUAAUACAUGGAUGUCUUAAAAGAAGGAAUAAAAUUCAACAGUCUUACCAAUGUACUUACAGAGAGUGAGUAUGAACCAAGAGAUUAGAGCAGGGUAAGAAGCGAUUAGUGGAAAGGCCCAGAUAAGCCUCUACCGACGAACUAUUUCCUUAAUAUUAUUAUUAUGAUUUGCUGUUUUAGCAGUUUUGACAUCACUAUUUGGGAACUAGGUUUUCUGAGCUUAUUACUGAAAAGUAUUGUUUUUGUGCAUUUCGGAUUGUUAAGAUAUAAAAUAAAUAAUAAAAUCUACUCCUUCCCAUUAA